UAAAGAUAUGCUUAUAGUAUGUGUUAUCAUCGUGUCAUACUUUCUGUGAACCAGUCAAAAUGUAUACACCGCGAUCAAUAGUGGUACUUUUAACGGCUUUACUUUUAAGAAUUGGGAUUGGAUUGGAAUUGGAUCCUGUGUGUUGUACUCCAGAUCAGUGGGAAGGACGCGUGUAUGUCGACGAUGCACAGAUAUUUUACUACAUACAUUUGAAUGGUUCUGCGGAAGUCGCCUACGAUUUCACAAACUCUAGAGCCUUCAUAAAUGCAACUGUUGUCCAAAGGAGUCUUGUAUUGAAACCAGAAAUACAACAAUAUUCCGUACUAUAUAUCGAAGACUACAAAAAUAAUGUCGAAUAUGAAUUAGACGACGGGAAGACUUGUCAGAAAGCAUGGAUGGAUUUUGAUAUGACUAAGCAAUGUGUUAAAGGGGGAGCAAAGUUGAUGCAGAGUGGGGUUGUUGGAAAAGGGACUGUUAUCGACACAUAUAAUACAACUUUAGGUGAUCAAUACAAGAACAUACGGGCAACAAUUGAGAGAGGUAGCUGUUUACCUGUGCAUUUAGUUUACAUUAGUUCAGAUUAUGGUUCUGUAACAGGUUAUGAUGUUUAUGAUAUUACGCCGGGUAUUAAAGACACAAAGAUUUUCGACAUACCGCCUCAAUGUAAACAUGUCAGUCCUACACACAGAAAGAAUCAGGACAAUAUGCAUGAUUUGAAAUCAAGAAUACGGAAGAUAGUUUUGCAAUUUAUGUCUGGCAGAAGAAAUCCUUGACAUUUUAGUUUGACAAAUUAUGUUUUUUGUUAUUGUAGUAUGUACAUAUAUCAUUUUUGAUAGUAUACAAAUUGAUAACCA